CUGCAGUCAUCUUUCCCUCGAUCCUGUCUAGUCUCCCAAUUCCUGCCGAUGACAUCCCCACAGCAUGAUGCUGCCACCACCAUGCUUCACUGCAGGCAUGGUAUUGGCCAGGUGACGAGCGGCGCCUGGUUUCCUCCAGACAAAGAGUUCAAUCUGUGUUUCAUCAGACCAGAUAAUUUUGAUUCUCAUGGUCUGAGAGUCCUUCAGGUGCCUUUUGACAAACUCCAGGCGGGCUGUCAUGUGCCUUUCACUGAGGAAUGGCCAAACAGGCCUGAUUGGUGGAGUGCUGCAGAGAUGGUUGUUCUUCUGGAAGGUUCUCCUCUCUCCACAGAGACAUGCUGGAGCUCUUUCAGACUGAUCACCUCCCUGAAUUUAAUCCAUUUUGGAAUAAGGCUAUAACAUAACGAAAUGUGGAAAAAGUGAAGCGCUGAAGUGAAUACUUUCCGGAUGAACGUGCUUUUGAUAUCGAUAUGUGGCGUAUAGGUAGCCUACAGAAAAAAUACUAACUACUUCAAAAGUGAACAAAAUAUGUUUGUUGAUGUAAAAAAUUUUUCGAGAAACGUUUUAUUUUUCACAUGUUUAAAUUGCACCAAAUCUGCAAGUGAGGAAAAUAAUACACCACAAGAUGGCAGCACAAAUCUAGAACUUCGAACCUAGAACGUGCAGAACCACUCUCUCUCUCUCUCUCUCUUUCUCUGUCUCUCUCCCUCUCUUUCUCUUUCUCUCUCUCUCUCUGUCUCUCUCCCUCUCUUUCUCUUUCUCUCUCUUUCUCUCUCUCUCUCUUUCUCUCCCUCUGUCUAUCUCUCUCUGUCUCUCUCCCUCUCUUUCUCUCUCUCUCUCUCUCUCUCUCUCUUUCUCUCUCUCUCUCUCUCUCUCUCUCUCUCUCUCUGUCUCAUGUGCUGUGUGAAGUCAUGCUGCGCUAUUCAGUGGGAUGAAAUGCGCUUUUUAUGUAGGAGAAAAUCCACAUCAUUCAUUAGAAUGACUUCAUGUUUUAACCUCUUUGUGUUCUUGUAUUUAAUCCACAUAUCGGACAAAUCCUUUGGUGAGGUGUUCACUUCCAUGAUGAGCGUGAAUCAAGCUGUUUUGGCAGAAACACAACUCGUCGAUCACUUAAGAAUAUACAUAGAGCGCGAAACGCAAAGACUUCACGACAUUAAAAGGUUCUUUUCAAGAGUCACAGCACUGCACGGUGGGAUAUACAAUGAAUCAUCGGCUACCAUAGCCAAUCCUCUUGUUGCAUUCAAACUGGUCAAAAGACUUCAGUCUGAAUGGCUUAAUGUAGUUUACAGCAGUGAAGCUGAAGAAAACCUUCAAGCCCUUAGGGAGGGCUAUAGGAUGAUGGAAGACAGCUUGCCGAAGCCGGAGGACGUUCAGGGGGCAGCACAGGGGCUGAUGAGACUUCAAGAUGUGUAUGAUCUCCGCGUGGAGGGGCUAGUGAGAGGACAAUUCCAGCGGAUCACAAAUGGAAAUGCUGUUGAUAUUUACAAACCCUCUGUGUCUGAUAGUUUGUCUGGGGACGAUUGCUUUCUUGUUGGAAAAGUGGCAUAUGAUUUGGAAGAUUACUAUCAUUCAGUGCAGUGGUUUGAGGAGGCAGUUCGGCUCUUUCGGGGAACUGAGUGGAGUCCAGAAAACGAAGGCACAUUUGAAAAUGCUCUUGACCAUUUAGCAUUUUCCCAUUUCAAGACAGGAAACAUUUCCUAUGCCCUCCAUUUGUCCCAGGAACUACUGCUCCGUGAUCCCAUAAACAGCAGGAUUCUUCUUAAUGUGGAGAAGUAUGAGAAGCUCCUUGUUAAAAGUCCUCCUGUCAUUGGACAUGGCUUGUCUUUAAAAAGGCCUGACACAACAUAUCUGAGAACCAGGGAUGUCUAUGAGAAGCUCUGCCAAACAAAAGGAUCUCAGCCAACGCAUUACAAGAACCCAAAGUUAUUUUGUGACUAUUUCACUAAUGGUAACCCUGGACUUCUCCUGCAACCGAUGAAGCGAGAAGUGAUCAGUCAGCAGCCGUACGUUGUUCUCUACCAUGAUUUCAUCACCCAUGCUGAGGCUAAAAGCAUCAGAGACUGCGCGGUGCCAGGGCUGAGAAGAUCUGUGGUAGCGGCUGGAGUAAAUCAGGCCACUGCAGAGUAUCGCAUCAGCAAGAGCGCAUGGCUAAAAGAAUCAGUUCACGCCGUUGUGGGAAAGAUGGAUCAGCGGAUCACUAUGAUCAGCGGGUUAAAUGUACAUUCUCCUUAUGCCGAAUUUCUCCAAGUGGUGAAUUAUGGCAUUGGUGGACAUUAUGAACCUCACUUUGAUCAUGCCACAUCGGACUCCAGCCCAUUGUACAGACUUAAAACAGGAAACCGAGUGGCCACGUUCAUGAUAUAUCUAAGCUCUGUAGAGGCAGGGGGGUGCACGGCUUUCAUUUACGCCAAUUUCAGCGUUCCUGUAGUGGAGAAUGCUGCUCUCUUCUGGUGGAAUCUUCACAGAAAUGGCAGAGGAGACGAUGAUACUCUUCAUGCUGGUUGCCCUGUCAUUGUUGGUGAUAAAUGGAUUGCUAAUAAGUGGGUCCAUGAGUAUGGGCAGGAGUUCCAGAGACCCUGCAGCCUCAAUCCUGAAGAGUGAACAUACAGUGGAGUCGGAAAGGUCUAGUAGGACUACAAGGACUUCAAGAAUCAACGCUCGUGAAGGAGUAACAGAGGACAUAUGGGAAAGACUGAAAAACAAGGGGUUGAAAACAGAUGACUCCAGCCUUAGAAAGAGGCACACGGAUGUUUGGAGGCACAAAGGAAAGAUGGACUGCCGUGAUGCUUGUGUGUAAGAGGAAGUCAUUUGGCAUGAACUUAAACGGCGGAUCUCCUGCUUUUCAAUGUUCAAUGUGGAAAAAAGUUUACAUGCUUGAUGAUCUGUUUGAUCUAAUUUGGUUCUGAUAAUUAUAAUGAAUCUAAACCUUUA